CAGUCAGUCGGCAGCACGAAACAGACGCGUGCGCAUCUAUCGUAAUUUCUUAAAUGUUCCAGCGGCUGAUCUGAGUCAUGAUCAAGUGUAAAAUUCGUUGGAUUAUAAUAUUUAUUAUUGUGAAUUAUAUCACAAGUAUUAAUGCAAGAUCAUGGGAUAUUGCUGUUACAGUUGGUAAAGAAAUUAUAUUUUUAUCAAAUAAUGCCAGUAUGACUGGACGUGUGAUAAAUCAUGAUGCAAAUGAAUUAACAGCAAUAGCAUAUGAUGAUGUUACACGUACAAUGUAUCUUGGUGAUAAAAAAAAUAAUAAUACCUCAAUAUUUUAUAAAAAUUUAAAUACAAAAGACAUAAAUUGGAAUAGAUUAUUAAAAGCUAAAAAUCAAGAUAAUCAUAUUGUAGGAUUAUAUUGGGAUUAUACUAGUAAAAAUAUAAUUUAUAUGGAUUCAAUUGAACGAUCAAUCAUGAAAAUUGAUAGUACAACACUUGAACCAAUUGAAAUAAUUAAAUUACCAAAUACAAAUUUACGUGGAUUGGCAAUUGAUACAUGUAGUAGAAAAUUUUAUUGGUCAAGUAGUGAUAAAUUAAAUCCAAGUAUAUCAAGUUGUAAUUAUGAUGGUAGUAAUAUUAAAAUGAUUAUUAAAACAAAUCUUUAUGAUCCAUCAGCAUUGACAAUUGAUCAAACUGAUGGUAAAAUUUAUUGGGCUGAUGAUGAAGAAGGUAUACAUUAUAAAAUUGAAUCAAGUGAUUUAGAUGGAAAAAAUAGAAAAAUUAUAUUCAGUGGUAGAAAUCAUCAACCAGUUAGUAUAUCAUUAGAUUUUGAUUAUAUUUAUUGGACUGAUUGGACAUACUCAGCAAUAUGGAGAAUUAAAAAAAAUACACAAAUUGAUGAUAAACUUAUACAAUGGAAAACAUUUUAUGAUUUAAAUAUUGAUGAUGGUAAUCCAAUUAGUCUACUUACAAGAGAUAAUAUUCAUUCAUUAAAUUGUCAAUUACGUGAUGAAUUAAAUGAUAAAUCUAAUGUGAUAAAAAAAAUAAAUAAUACAAAUCAAAUUGAAGGAUUAGUAACAAGUGCUGAAGAUAAAAAUAAUAAUGAAAAUUCAGGUGUUUGUUUAAAUGAAGGAAAAUUUAUGGAAAAUAGUAAAAUUUGUUUAUGCAAAAAUGGAUUUAUUGGUGAUCAUUGUGAAAUAUCAGUUUGUUGGAAUUAUUGUUUUCAAGGUGAAUGUAUUAUCACUGGAAAAAAUAAGCCACAAUGUAAUUGUCCACCAAUGUUUACUGGUCCAAGAUGUCAACAAAAUAUUUGUACUGGAUAUUGUUUAAAUGAUGGUAAAUGUAGUGUAAAAAAUGGUGAGCCAUUUUGUGAUUGUACUGAUUCAAAUGGAACACGUUGUGAAAUUAAAAUUCAUGAUAAUUGUCAAAAUUAUUGUGCAAAUGAUACGAAUAAUAUAAAUAAUACAAGUGAUGCUAUCAACACUCCUUGCAGGUGUCCAAAGAUUAAUGACGAGGAAAUUUCACAUUGUACUUAUGAAUUUUGGAACAAUAAUUUAAUUACAAUAUUAUCUGUGAUUAUUGGAGCUUUAUCAAUAUUAAUUAUCACACUUGGAUUAUUUAUUAAUAAAUUACGUCAACGUCCACGUAUUAAAAAACGUUUUAUUGUUAGUAAAAAUGGCAUAACACCAUUGACAACAAGACCAGAGUUACCACGUGAUCAGUGUGAAAUUAUGAUUGAAAAUUGUUGUAACAUGAACAUUUGUGAAACUCCUUGCUUUGAACCACAAACAAGAAGCGAUACAAAAAAAAGUAAAAAAGAAGAAAAACAUUCACUUUUAGAUUCAAUGGAUGGUAAUAAUUCAUGCUAGUAUAAUUGUCAAUGAAUAAUUGACAUAAAAUAUUGUUCAUAGCUUAUUAGUGGCCUAAAUAUCUACACAAAUAUUGCCAACUCAAACAUGAACAAGCAAAAAAAAAAAACACAAGUAUUAUUGUUGAGUUUGUCAUUAUAAAAAAAGAAAUUUCGUAAUGCAAAAGUUUAUCCAUAUUUACUCUUUGAAUUUUAUAUUAAUUUUUUUUCGACAAACAAAAAUUAAAAAAUGAUUUAUAAUUCCAUUUUUAUAUAAAAUUAAAUUUUUCAUAAUAAUUAAAUACAUAAAUUAAUUUUUGCACGAUUUAUAUAAAUAAAUAAAAUUUUUGUUUGUCAAGAGAAAAUAAAUGUAAAAAUGUUUCAUAAGCUCAAAGAGUAAAUUAAAAAAAUGUAAAUAAUUGUCGGUGAUACGAAUUUUUACACGUAUAAAUUCCAAAGAAUAGAAUAACUAUUUUAUAUGGUAAUCGACAUUAAUUCCAAUUGGUUUAAUUACAAUUGCAGCUAUUUAGUUUAAUUAUUAUUUUUUAAAAUAGUUUUCUCCAGUGAAAACACAUUACUGUAGAUACAAGAUUGUUUAUUUUGUUAUUUUUAUCAUCAAAAUAAUCAUGCUAUGAGAUCGUUUAUUAUCGUAUUAUAUUUCUCAUUGAAAUAAUUUAUUCAUCGACUAUGACAACGUCAUUGAAAAAUACAACAACAACGAUACUUAUAACGUUGCAUUAUAAAUAAAUUUCAAGCUACAAAAAUAUCAGCAGUAAUUUAAUAAGCUGACUCAUUUUUAAAAUCAUAUUACAAUAUUUUUUUUUUUUAUUUAAAUCAUUUUUAUAUUAAACAAACAAAAGCCAAUAACAUAAUAAAUUAUCUCGUAGCAUGAUUUAUCAAUCUUGAGUUAAAAUUGUUUGCCUUUGUGACAUAUCAUCUGAUAAAUACAGUAAUAGGUAACCAAAGACUUCAUAUGUUAACAGUUCGUACUUUAUAGUAAAUCAUUUUGUAGAUGAAAAAAUAAAUUUAAAAAACUGCCAGAUUGUGUUAUAAAUAAAAUAAAACUUAAUGAAAUCUAGGCAUGAAUGUAUUUGACUUGAUGAUCUUUAGACUUUGAUUUAUUAGAAAUUUUUUGUUAGAAAAUAUUUAGCAACACAUAGUCACUUGUUAAUUUAAAUGUCCAAAAUUUCGAUUGAUACAAUCAAACAAUCAGAUAUAAAUUAAAUAUUUUUAUUUUAAAUAUGAUUGUAUCUUGAAAUUGCAACUGAUGUAUACACGCUGAUGUUUGUGCCUAGAUGGCAAUUAACAUUGCUCAAUAAAUAGCUUGAUAGAUUUUUUAUUAUUUAUCAUAAUAAAAUUAAAAAAUUUAAAAUGUAUACAUGCGUAAAAUUAUUCUACUUAUAUUUGCUUUUGAAAAAAAAAAAAAAAAUAGAUAAUUAUUGACGUAUGCUUUAUAAAGUAAUACGUACGACUUUUUUUUUUUUUUUUUUUAUUUUUCUUCUAGAGAAAUCUUAAUUUCUGUUGACAAUAGGUUUAAAUAUUUAUGAAUAAUUUUUUUUUUUUUUUCAGUGGAGAGGUUUUAGAAUACCUAAUGACUUAAUUCAAAUAAAUAAUAUGAAUAAAAGAUUUUUUUUUUUCUUUUGAUGAACUGUAAUAGAAGAUUAAAGACAAAAAAAAAUUUAUAUUUGUUUUUUUUUUUUUCUUGGAAAAUACCCGUUUUCCACGCACUUGUAAUAAUGUAAUAGUGAAUUUAUGGCGAAAGGGGUAAUUUCCUAAUGAUAAAUUUUAGUUAGUAUUUGAAAUUUAGUUUAUGUGAAAUAUAUUUGUAUAUAUUCAAAAUGUUUUUCAAAUAAAUAAAAAU